CGGUGUGCUACACGCGUUCUUAAAAGAUCGUUGAAAUUUGCGUUUUAUUUUGCUGUUACCUUUAUCCAAAGGUUUGUAAGCUUUAUUAGCGCACCCUGGUUCACCCUCUAGCCAACAAUCUUUCAUUGGUAGCCAUGAAACUAUCAGGAGAGCAUUUAUUGCCAAAGGACUGUCAGAAUCUGUAGCUGAAACAAUAAUGUUUUCUCUCUCUGACGCCACUAUAAAGCAAUAUGGCGGCACAUACCAAAAAUGGUGGAAGUAUUGUCAGGAGAAGCACGUUUCUUUAUACAAUGCAUCAGUUUUUCAAAUAAUGAAUUUUUUACAAACUCUCAUAGACAAUUCAGACUGUAACUACAGUAGUUUUAACACCCAUCGCUCGGCUAUUUCCUUAAUUUCCUUGGAUAGUAUAGGUACAAACCCUUUACUUAAAAGAUUUUUGAAAGGUAUUUCCAGAAAACGACCUCAAGCCCCACGCUAUAACUACACAUGGGAUCCACAACCAGUUUUGAAAUACCUUGGGAGUUUAGAAGAAAAUAGUCUUAAAAAUGUAAGCAAAAAACUAGCGACGCUUUUAGCCCUUAUAACGGGAGGACGCCUUCAAACUCUAUCUUUAAUUCGAUUGUCAAAUAUACAAAUUAAAGAAGAGAAGAUUCAAAUCUUCAUUUCAGAUUUUAUAAAAACUUCUUUGUCUCUAAAAAAUCAACCCCUAUUAAACAUACCGUUUUAUAGAGAUAAUACUAAAAUUUGUCCUGCAACAACUUUAAUAAAAUAUAUAGAAAUGACAAAACCUUUACGAAACCCAGAGGACUUCCUCUUUAUUACUCAUAAAAAACCACAUAAGAGGGCCACUAAGCAAUCAAUCUCUAGAUGGGUAAAACAAGCCCUUACGGACUCAGGUAUAGACACCAACAUUUUUAAACCUCAUUCAACUAGGCACUCUGCUACUUCGGCAGCCUUUAGGGCAGGUAUUUCAAUGGAAUCGAUUUGCAAAACAGCAGGAUGGUCUACUGCAACUUCAACUUUUGCAAAAUUCUAUAACAGGCCGAUAAUAAACUCGGAGGAAUUCGCUGUUAAAGUGCUAAAUAAUUAUUCUAAAGGGAAAUAAUCUUUCUUUGUUAAAUUACCUAUAUACAAAACAAAAACUGUAUUUUAGUUAAUGAAACGAUCUUUAAUAUUCAUUUAAUAUAUAGGACUGAAGUAUAUGUUUGGUUCUUUUCCUUAAUUGGAUUGUAUCUGAAAACCGACAUUCUUUAAACAUCUACCUAGUUAAAUAUAUCUUCGGAAUGGACGUGAGAUAUAAUUAAACGAUUAAACGAACUUACCUGAAGUUCGAUCGUAAUUAUAUCGAUCGUCCAUUCCGAAGAUAUACAAACCCACCCUACCCAAAAAUCGACUUCCAGGAAACCUUAUAUACAUACUAAAGAACUGUCCAUCAAUUUUUAUGCCCUUCUUUUCAGAUACAAUAUUUUAUACUUUAAAUAAAU